UCCGAGGGUGGGGGCUUAGGUUUCAUCAUCAUCACCUUUCAUCAUUUCAUUAAUCAUCAAGAAAAAAAAUACGUCAGACAUGGCUGUAUGGGCAUAGUUCCCUUUGCCUUACCCUUCGGGGAAAACCAAAACAAAAAAAAAAAAAAUCAUGUCGUUUUAUUUUAUUAAUUUAUUUAUAUUUUAAUUUUCAAACCUUUAACGAAAACCGGAUAUAUAUUUACUUCUAAUUUUCACUAAUUUGUGAAAUAGGUAUGUACCUACUAAGAAUCCAGAAAAAAGUGUGCAGCAAGUAAUUACAGGAGAAAAAGAUUAUUUCGUGACUAUGUCGAACGCUCGUGGCUUCAGUUAUGAUGACGAAACAGGAGAAGUCGUAUUUUAUAACAUUAACGAUGAAACUGGAGAGCCCUCGAUGGAGAGCAACCACCCACCUGCGUACACACCCCCUAGGCAUGAAGGCACCAGCGAACCUAUCACGACAUCUCCUCAAGAACGCGUCAUUUCUCCACCUCAAGAAAAGUACACGAAAUUUCCUAAAGGCAUAACAACAAAAAGUAAAAAAUUUCAGUCACUAAAAGCUAACAUCAUGGCUGGCUCAAACCAUGUCAGCCAUAGAAUGCUACUCAUACCCACAGUAGUUAUGAUAUUCCCAGGUUUCAUUUGCAUAUGUCUUGCAGCCCUUGAGGUAUUUUUACAUUUAAGAUGUCAUAAGAAAAACAAGCACUUGACAGAUUCAACUUUGUAUUAUCGCAGCCCAUUCCAUGCUGUUUCAAGCACUUUCUGUGGAAUGUGCCGGGAAUCAGAAUUGGCAUGGAGAGUAGCUCAACUUCAAGACCAAAGAAAGUACCGUUAUGAUUACCUAAGGGGAAUUGCACUGUGAUUUAAUAUCUGAAGUAAUGUUUUAUUUAUGAGUGAUGUUUUUUGUUAUAUUAUUUUAUUAAUCAGGCAUGUCAUGGAAGCAAGCUAUAGAGGCUGAAAAAGAUCACGAGGAGUGGAAAUCUGAUAAAAGGAUUAAAAGAUUUUAUUAAUCAAACUAUUAUUAUGAUUAUAUAUACGUUUACCAGUAUUGCCUUGCCUUCCUAGAUUUUUUAACUCUUUAAAUUAAUAUUCUAUCUUUACCCUUUAAUAAAAGAGAAAAUGAUAAGCAUUGUUGAUGUUUGGGUAUAACGGACGAAUUUUGUAACAACUUUAAUAAUUAUGUUCAAUAUUCUACGCUCAGUUUUUCUACAUUUUUAUUUACAUUAGCAAAAUGUAUGACAAACGGACAACUCUUGUUAGAAGUGAAUCUCUAAAUGUAAGCUGGAAAAGGUGCAAAAGUUAAAGGGGAACUGGUAUAUUUUUAUAAGUCUUAACAUGUUCCACUCACAUGUUGAUAUGUUGAUUCGAAGUGUCACACUUUAAAAAAUGAAUUAUCUUUGUCACAGAAUCUUUAAUGCCUUGUACCUGCUAGACAACAAUUAACACGUAACAAUCAAAACAGAUGUCAAGUUGCGGAAAAUGGCCCGCGAAUACCAAUACCAACGCGCAACAAUUGUUGUCGAGUGGAGACGUGACGCGCAACAACACUAGUUCCUUUUGCCACAUGUUGUCUACGACAGACGUGUAUUACAAUGUUGUUGAACAAAAGUUUCGCGCCAAAUGUUGCCAAGUGGAACGCGAUUUUAAGACUAAUUGUUAUUUUUUAUUGUGAUAGUGGAACUUUCACUGUUAUUGGUGGUGGUUCUUUGAGUGCUCUUACUGGGUAUUAAAAUAUUUAUAUAAGUUGAUAAAUGGAAAUAAUAGGUAAUGUUGGAUAAA